GUCUCGCCAGCAUUCCUCACUCGACGCGAGGGCGGAGCGCACGCCCGUACUUUAACGACCACGACUCGACGCGCCGCGCGCCGCGGCUAGCACAAGCGCCAUGUUUGAUGUGUUCGGCUCCGUCAAGGGGCUGCUCAAACUCGACAGUGUCUGCAUCGACAAUAAUGUGUUCCGACUCCACUACAAAGCCACCGUGAUCAUCCUCAUCGCGUUCUCCCUGCUCGUCACCUCGAGGCAAUACAUCGGCGACCCGAUCGACUGCAUCGUCGACGAAAUUCCGCUGCCGGUUAUGGACACUUACUGCUGGAUCUACUCGACUUUCACAAUACCGAAGCGACUGGUCGGCCGCGUCGGGAAAGACGUGGUGCAGGCCGGGGUCGCGUCGCACGUCGACGGCCAGGAUGAAGUUAAGUACCACAAAUACUACCAGUGGGUGUGUUUCGUGUUGUUCUUCCAAGCGAUCCUGUUUUACGUGCCGCGUUACCUGUGGAAAUCGUGGGAAGGUGGCAGGAUUAAGAUGUUAGUGUUGGAUCUCAACUGCCCGGUGGUCGGCGAGGACAGUAAAGCAGACCGCAAGAAGUUACUAGUGGAUUAUUUCUACACCAACCUUCACACGCAGAACUUUUACGCGUUCCGGUUCUUCAUCUGUGAGGUACUGAACUUUAUCAACGUGGUUGGCCAAAUCUUCUUUAUGGACUUCUUCCUCGACGGUGAAUUCUCCACCUACGGGGCUGACGUUGUGCGUUUCACAGAAAUGGAACCAGAAGAGCGAGAGGACCCAAUGGCCAGGGUGUUUCCAAAAGUGACUAAGUGUACAUUCCACAAAUACGGUCCUUCGGGAACCGUGCAGAACUUCGACGGACUGUGUGUGCUGCCGCUGAAUAUCGUAAACGAGAAGAUAUACGUGUUCCUGUGGUUCUGGUUCGUGAUCCUUUCAAUCCUGAGCGGAAUUUCCCUGAUCUACCGCAUGGCCGUGGUGGCGGGACCGCGUGUGCGGCAGUACCUGUUGCGCGCGCGCAGCCGCCUUGCGCCCCAGGAGCAGGUGGAGAGCGUCGCCCGCAUGCUGCAAAUCGGCGACUGGUUCGUGCUAUAUCAACUAGGAAAGAACAUCGACCCACUAAUCUACAAGGAACUGAUGGGCGAACUAGCUCAAAAGUUCGAUAGAAAGGGCAGUGUGUAGUCAUGUUAUUAGUGAAAAUACGGACGGUUGGUGAGAGGCGGACGAUGCUUUGUUCUGCCGACAGACUUUGGCCGUCCUAGUGAGGUGUUACAAGCUUGUCCGGACCGGACCGGACGGCGGGGACCGGCACGACAUUCCAUUAGCUGCCGUCGCGGGGAACGACCUCCGACGGGACCCAUUGUAUUCCAGGCCCUCUUUGUUGUUCAACGCUGUUUACGAUGAAAUUCUUCCAGACGCAACUUUUGACUGACAUUUUAGACGCCGUUUUGGCGCGGAUGCAUUUAGCGUAACGUUUUGGGCAUGUUAUAAUAGUCGUAGUUGUUAGUAAGAUCUCGUGCCUUCAUUUUGUAUUUUGUAUUAUUUGUGUGCGAGUGAGCUAUGUUGAAGGACGUCUCUCGAUUGUGAUAUGUAAUUAUUAUUAAAUAAUCUAAAUUAAGUGUUUAUCGUGUACAAGAGGGAUCGAGUGGACGGCUGUAUUCCUAAGUUUAGAUAGGUAGUUAUCUAUGUUUGUUAUCGAAUGUUAUACUCGAUACGAUAUUGUAUAAAGCAAUAACUAUUAAUUUUAAGAGACGAUUUUCGAAUUCGUUAGACAAUAUUGUAUUUGUACUGAAGUGUGACGAAAGUUAAACUUUUUUAUACGGUGAAAUUAAGUCGAUAUUUUCUGAAUAUAUUUACUGCCACAUUUAA